CAACAGACAUCAGAUAUAUUGUUGGCUGUUUUGAACAUUCACCCAAUUUGCAGAGUUCCAAGUUAUAUACAUACACUGCAUAAUUAAGAGAAAAUGUCUCUGAUUCCAAGCUUCUUCGGUGGCCGAAGGAGCAGUGUUUUCGACCCUUUCUCCCUCGAUGUGUGGGACCCCUUUAAGGAUUUUCCAUUUCCCAGUUCUCUUUCUGCUGAAAAUUCAGCCUUUGUGAGCACACGAGUGGAUUGGAAGGAGACACCAGAAGCACACGUGUUCAAGGCUGAUAUUCCAGGGCUGAAGAAGGAGGAAGUGAAGCUGGAGAUUCAAGAUGACAGAGUUCUUCAGAUAAGCGGAGAGAGGAAUGUUGAAAAAGAAGACAAGAAUGAUACGUGGCAUCGCGUGGAGCGAAGCAGUGGUAAGUUCAUGAGGAGGUUUAGAUUGCCGGAGAAUGCUAAAGUGGAUCAAGUUAAGGCUUCCAUGGAAAAUGGGGUUCUCACUGUAACUGUUCCUAAGGAAGAGAUUAAGAAGCCUGAUGUUAAGGCCAUUGACAUCUCUGGUUAACCUAUGCUACUCUGUUCCUUAGUUGAAAAUCCUUGUAUUAUGUUUUCUUCUGAGGGUCAUACGAGCCCAAGACAGUUGUCACGUAUUAUUAUGCUGGUUUUGUUUAGAGGCCUUAUGUUAAUACGGCCAUAGAAAUCUUUGGUUAAACUGUGUUAAUAUGUUACUUGCUUUGUAAUUGCAAAAUAUAUCAAGUGAUAGACUAGUAGCUAAUGUACAUAGUGAGAAGAAAUAAUAAUUCUAAAUAUUCCUAAUCUUCAUCUUGA